AGUGCUAUUUGACGCGUUUGACGGAUUUUGGUUGCCUGGAAAUCGGCAUUAAUAAAAUUAUACCAUAAUUUUCUCGUUCUUAAGUGAAACACUAUGUGCUAAGUGGUAAAUCGGGCAUUAAAUUAAAGCUACAAAAUGGUGAUACCCAGCCCGUUCGUCUAUUGGGCGCAAACAGAGAAAGAGGUUUCCUUGAAGAUCGACUUGAAAAAUGUUGUAAAACCCGAUGUGAAUGUUCUGGAAAGCAAGAUUAAAUUCUCCGCCGACGGCAUAGGUGCUCAUGGCAAAACACUUUACGAGUUUAGCUUAGACUUGUUCUCUCCGAUAAAAUCGAUUGAAUCUGACAGCGAGUACCCAACAACGGUGCGCAUAUUCGACAAUCGUGUGGAAGUGAUUCUGGUAAAGGAGAAACCAUCAUGGUGGCCCCGACUGACAGCACAACCACAAAAGCCGGCCUGGGUGAAGAUAAACUUCGACCUGUGGACGACGGAGGAUGGAUUGGAGAGCGAGGAUGAGACUCGUGACGUCAUGAAGGACUACCCCGGGAUGUAUGAUAAGCUGCAAAAAGAGGAAUUUGGCUAUAGGAAAGAAGACUACAAAAAAGUAUACCUCAUCCUCUACAACCUGUUCCAAUUCGUGGGCUUCUCUUACGUACUAGCGGUCAUGGCGGUCCGCUACAUGAAGCUUGAGGGGCUCUCAAUCGCCGACACUUAUGAGCACGUGGGACCCGCUAUGAAGUUCUUACAACUCAUGCAGUAUCUAGAAGUUAUGCAUCCCAUGUUCGGAUAUACUAAGGGAGGCGUUUUAGUCCCGUUCCUGCAAGUAAGCGGCCGCGCGAUGGUCCUGUUUGCCAUGAUCGAAGCCGAGCCUCGAAUGCAGACGAAACCCGUAGUUUUCUACCUGUUCAUAGUAUGGAGUCUCAUAGAAGUCGUCAGAUACCCAUACUACAUCACCCAACUCUAUAAAAAAGAGGUCUACAUCCUCACCUGGCUCCGCUACACCAUGUGGAUCCCUCUUUACCCCAUAGGCGUCGUCUGUGAAGCCAUCGUCCUAAUUCGAAAUAUACCUUACUUCGAGGAAACGCAAAAAUUCACGAUAUCUCUACCCAACGCUUGGAACUUCGCUUUCCAUAUGCCAACUGCCUUACGAGUAUAUUUAUUACUUCUAAUGUGUCCUGGCUUAUACUUCGUUAUGAGCCAUAUGCAUAAGUUGAGAACAGUCAAGCUGAAACCUAAAGUAGUUAUAAAGAAGUCUAAAUAGCAUAACGCCCUGGGUAAGGCAGCGUCAGAUUUGGUGAAAUUGUGCACUGUUCUUUGGAUAGCACAUAUUACUGGUAUGGACGUUGUCUUUACUAAAAUAACGUGGGCAUUUUAUCGUGAUGUUUGCCAAUUUUUGGAAAUUGAAGAUAAAUGCAAUUUGAACUAGUAAAAUGUGCAUAAGGUCAAUUUGGAUAAGAGAUACAUAUGAGCUGAACCGUAUAAGAAUUUAUCUGACCUCAUCGGAUGGAGUCCCAGAUAUAAAAUAGUACAUUACGAUACAAGUGCGAAAAAUAGGAAAUUCGAAACGAGUGGCGAUAAAUUAAAACACGACCGAAGGGAGUGUUUUAAAUCGACACGAGUUGCGAAUUACCUAUUCGCACAUGUAUCGUACAACGUUUUACAGUACAUAUGGCCCUUUAAAUGUUCGACACAGUAACGUAAUAUGCUACUUCUCGCACUAGUGCUACAAAGUAGCCCCAUAUGUACUGUAAAUUAUAGUUUUAUUGCCCAACUAUUAUACAAUACUGCUUUGUACUAAAAUGAACGAUCGGGCAAAUUGGGGCAAUGGAAUUCAUAGUAUCAAGCAGGGAUCGGAACCGGUUUUUUGGAAAAACUCUGAAAUAGACAUAUAUUUCGGUUUAUUGUAUACUCCAAAUAUAGGACUCGGUUGUGUUUUUAGAUAACGACUUCGUAUUAUUAGAUUGCCCAAUUAGAAAUGAAAUAAUUAACAAAGAACGAAAAAAUACCGUUUUCGUUCCCAUACAAAAAAUACCGGUUUUCGAUCCCUGGUAUCAAGAACGGAGAAGAUGAAGUAAACAUGUAUGUCGUGAAACUUAUUGCUUUAAAAUAAGGUCAACUAAUAGUCAAAACUAAAUUUUAUCAAGCAUAUACGUCUGCGAGCGAUAGUACAGUCACGUAUGAAAAUAUCGAUACGGACAAAGUGUCAUAAUAUGUAUACACGACCUUAUUGCCCAUAUAUUAUGGUAGUGUGUACAUAUUUUUGACACUAUGUCCGUAUAGAUAUUAUUAGACGUGAUUCUAAAACAUGAUCAGGUAAACUAGUACGUUGAUGUUUGUACCGAGUAAAGUCAAUUUUAGGUGUAUAAUUCUUUAUAAUAAAAUUACAUUUCAUGUGUUCAUGACAAAAUUGGUAAGUAUUAGAUCGUGUUUUGUAUUAAAAUGAAGUCAUGUUCAUGAAAAGAUUGGUAUUAAUUAAAUCAUUGUAUUGAAAUUAAAAUUCGUGUUUAAAAGACUUAAAUAUGUCAUCAGGAUGUCAGUUGCAAAUUUCUGGGAAAUCGCAUACGUAGGUUUGCUUUCAUCGGCAUUUUGUGAUUGUCACGAAUAAAUGUCUAUUAUUUUGACAGCCCAGACAGUGCAUGUGUUAUUUUAAACGUCAAACUUCUAUGAAAUUAUAACUUUUACUUAACACUUGCACAAAAUCAAAAUCGCUGCCAACUUAGCUUGGUCUGACUUUAUUUCUACAUACGCAAAACAUCUUCAGUCUGAAAUAGUUUUGGAGGCCUCGAUAUUUAGUUGACUUUACCUGUCACUUAUGGUUAUAAAAAAUACAUGUUCCGUUUAUUUUGAGGGCUUUAAAAAUACUGAUAUGCAUAUUAUGUGAAAGUACAAGAAAUUAGUUUUAUUUGGUGUUUAUUCUAUUCUUAUCCAUUAUUUUAUGAUAAUGAUGAUACCUACCUAUACAGGUGUUUAUUUAGUUACCUGCAAUAAAUAACGGGGUGAAUAGACGGGGUGACCUUUAUUAUUCUAUUUUAUGUUUAGGUUUCGUUUCAAAUUUAAUAUUGUUUAUUUAAAUGAAUAGUAAAAUGUAGUGUAAUGGAAUAUGCAAUGUUUAGUCAUGUAGAAUCAGUGUGUAGUUUUAAGUAGGUGUAUGGGAAUUCGGUUCAUUUAAUUUUAGUGUCUAUCUAUACUCUGUAUCUUUAGGUAUUUAAAUAAAAGUAAACAAAAUCUACCCUCAAAUGGCUCCUUAAGCCAGUUGAGGUUAGAUGAAAACACUACAUGAUCAAAUGUGUCGCUUAACUUCAAACUCAGAUAAAUCCAUUCGACCCUCUAAGCAAAUAUCUACCCUAUUACCUUUUCAUAAUACCGAAAUCGCAUAAUCUGACAGAUGGAUUUACCUGAGUUUGAAGCUAAGCGACUCAAAUAAUGUAGGUUAAAGUCAGGUUGUUCGGUGACAGAUCCAGGCGGUUUUGUAUUUGGUUGGUUAACCAAUAAAUGUUAUAACUACCCGAAAAUGUACAAAUUAUUUGUUUACCUUUAUUAAAUUUAUACCUAAAGAUACAGAGUAUAGGUUUCAACUUAGGUACCCUGGACUGGUUCUAGUCUUGCCUUUAAUGAAUAAGACUUGGCCACUUGGCUUGUAUGUGAUAAGGUAAACUCGAUAAGAAACCACGCUUGACCACUAUUUUUUGCAGCAUUGUACCUUUCCUGUUUAAAUGUCAAAAAUCAAAUUAAAUAUACAAUGUGUUUGUCCACGUAUAGUGGAGCCGUUAACCACGUAUUGUACGAUGAAUUUUAUCAACCUCUACUCAACCAUUUUAAAACUGCACCCCUUCAAAGUUAUGGCGCUAAACACGACUGACCUUGGUUAAUGUAUCAUUA